AUGAAACUACUUCCAUUUCUGUUCCUCGUAGCCCUCUCAGUUCAGCUAAUUCAUGCUGAAGACAGUGAAAGUUCAGGCGGAGAUUGGUGGGACAGUUUCGUAAGCAGUGUCAGUACGAAAAUUCAUGAAGGAGCCGACUACCUCAAGGAAAAAGCCGGGCCUUACAUCAGAGAGAAGUUUGACAACGUGAAGGAGAAGCUACAGGAUCCCGAGACUCAUGAACAAGUUCAAUUGUGGGUCAGAGAGGUGGGUUAUGUUAAGAUUGUUUUACUUUUUUUGAUAGUAAAGGUGAAGUCCCUGAGACGAACCUGGUCCCCUCUCUAAACUAUUAUAUCAAAUAUGGUCAAAAUAUGGCGCUAAAACGUAAAAAAUUACCUUUCUUAUCAUUUCAGAAAGCCGUCCCAGUAGUCGAGGAAAAAUGGAACCAGUUCAAGCAGUUUGUGAACGAUGAAGUGGCUCCGGAAGCCAAGAAGAUCUAUGAGGCCGCCAUUUCAGCCAACGACAAGAUUGACAAAGAGAAGGGUGUUAGCUCGGAUUAA